AACAUAGAAAAUAAUAGUUAUAAUCCAAUAUUAUCAUCGCUCUUUUAUAAUGUUUUUCAUAAUAUAUAUAUUAAAAAAAUAAUAUUUAAACAUUUGAGAAUUUUUAAUAAAAAUUACAGCACAAGGUUUUUAUUUAUUGAGCCUAUAGAGAUAUUUGAAGAUAGCUUACCCCUAAAGUGUAUUGAAUUUGAUGGUAAAUCAUUCGAUGAAAAAUUACCGACAGAUUUUUUAGUGGACCCAAAUUCUACUGCUGGUGUAACAAGGUUCAAACACUUCAAGUUUAACCAGAGUUAUAAUCAAACCAUCUCACAUUAUCAGUUCAAUGGGUUACAGUGUUUGGAUUUAGGCUUUUCGUUUGACAAACCUAUUGGUAUUGGGGUAUUGCCAAUGACAUUGAAGACUUUAAUAUUUUCGAGUCAUUUCAAUCAAGAGUUGCAAGAGGGUGUUAUUCCUUCCAGUGUUGUCAAGGUUGUGUUUGGUGAUCAUUUUAACACUCUAUUAUCACCGCAUUGCCUACCAGAUGCUUUGGAGUACAUAAAGUUUGGAUAUGCCUUCAAUCAAGAGAUAUCCUAUGCUGGCAUUAUUCCGCCACAAGUAAAGUAUAUUAGAUUCGGUUCCCAAUUCAACAAAACCAUAGAAGAGAAUAUCCUACCAGACACAUUGGUCUAUUUGAAAUUUGGCUAUCACUUUAAUCGACCAUUUAAAUCUCCCUCUUGUCUUCCAAGUAGUUUAAAAACUCUCAAGUUUGGAAAGUCUUUUAACCAACACACAAUGGUACGUGGUGUGAACAUAUUACCAACCAAUAUAGAAAAGCUAGUUUUAAAUGGGUUCAAGAAAUCAGUUGUAACACAAAAAGAUAACUUUAUACCAAACUAUCUCCUUUUUAAACUUGCUACUUUAGACCAUCCAUUAAAUAGGCCCACACUCCCACCAUCGAUCACCUUAUUAGAACUGGGUAGAAACUUUACACAACUUAUUUCCGAAGACUGGCUACCGAAAUCAAUUGAAACUUUAAUCAUAGAU